AUGGCGGGAACCGAUUCCUCACUAGCUUAUCACGAGCCAUCUGUCAUUACAAUUGUCAUCAUCUCGGGAUUCAUUCUACUCCCCAAUGGCUUGAACUAUUGCCUUGAUAAACUUGUAUACUGUGGUCUGCUUGCCCAGGUGUUCCUCGGCAUCGCCUGGGGCACACCUGGUGCCAAGUGGCUGUCCGAAGAGUUGGAGCACGCUAUAGUGCAGCUGGGUUACCUGGGCCUGAUUCUGAUUGUCUUUGAAGGUGGCGUUUCCACAUCGUUCAAGUCUCUGAAGGCAAAUCUCCUUCUCUCAAUCGGUGUCGCCAUCACGGGCAUCAUCGUCCCCAUCAGUCUCUCGUUUACCCUCGGCCCCAUCAUCGGGGCGUCUCCUCUACAGGCCUUCGCCGCCGGCGCCGCGCUCUGCGCCACCAGCUUAGGGACAACUUUCACGGUUCUUGGCACCAGCGGCCUUUCCGCGACGCGUAUGGGUGUUGUGUUAACGAGCGCCGCGAUGAUGGAUGACGUCGUCGGUCUAAUUAUGGUCCAGGUCGUCUCAAACCUUGGCGGUGGCAGCAAGUUUAGUGCUGUCACCGUAAUCCGACCGGUUUCCGUCUCGUUAGGCUUUAUGACGUUGGUGCCAGCUGUGUGGAUCGAGCUUCUGAGUCGAAUUCCUCGUCAAUUGCGACCGAUCUUCAAGUCGUUCGGUCAGAUUCACCUGUAG